AUGCCAAAAAAAUCUAAAGGAAAAAAAAGUAUUUUAAAAAGAAAGACCAAUAAAACCACCUCUGCUACUAGUCAGUCUGCUGACUAUUCUGACGAUUCAUUAAAUGAAUACGAAGAAGCUCAACUUAGAGAAGCAAUUCUAGCUUCUAAAAAAGAAUACGAGAUCCAACAAUCUGAAAUCAUUGAUAAUAGAGAAUUGGGAAAUAAUACAGAAGGUAGAAAAGAUGGUGAAGAAGAAUUGCUUCAAUACGAAAAAAGAAAUCUUUAUAUUUACAAAAAAAUAAAAACAAGAUAUGAACGUAAGAUAAAAGAAGCUGCAAAAGAAAGAAUUAUGCGGGUACCAUCAUCUAAUAUCGAUGAAAGUGAUUUAAGUAUGAAUGAAAAACUCAAGUUGAGACUUAAAGAGUAUGCAUUAGAAGAAGAUCAAUUUGUUAUUGAAAUAUUAGAAACUAAAAUAAAAACUCCUAAAAUUAAGAUAUUUUCAUCAAUGGAAGAACUUAGAGCUUUAUCCUCUUCUCCCUCCCGUUCAUCAUUAUCAUCUUACUCACACUCUUCAUCUUCUACUACUGCUGCUGCUACUAAUUCUUUUAUAAAAAGACCAAAACCUGAUUAUAAUCAAUAUCUUGAUAAACUCUUUACUAAACAACCAUGGAUGACAAAAAAAGAUAUAAAAUAUUUAACCGAUUUAUUCACUAAACCAGAAUCAAUUGCUUCAUGUGCUUCAAUUAAGAGAAUUAUAAAUGUAGAAAAUUUUAAUAGUUUCACAAAUGAACAAAAAAUUCGUAUUAUGAAGUUAAUUCCCAUUGAAGACAUUGUACCAAUUGCAAGUAUAACAGGCGAACCAAUUGAUACACCAUAUAUAGAACGUGAACGCACAUACAAAGAUGAAUUUUUAUAUGAAGCAGGAAUUCAUGGUCAAAUUACCGGUAUUGAUCCAAUGAAAGUGACACCUCGGUUUGAUUUUUGGUUGUCAGAUGAUGUGAAAGAUGCCAGGUGGUGGUGGCAACUUAGCAUUGAAUAUGGGUAUUAUACAAAGUAUGGAGUAAAUCAACAAUGGGACGAAUAUGAAAAUUUCAGGUGUAAUCUUCCUAGUCACUGGAAGAGCGAUGCAUUUGAAGAGAUGUGGGGAGAAAUACUAAAAGAAGGUGUUGGCAAUGUACAAUUAGCGGGAGAUUCUGCCAAAAUAACACUUCCAGAUCUCGUUAAAGCAAAGGUCAUCAAAGAAGGUGAUAUAUUGAUAUAUAAACGAAGUUUUGCAAAACUUGAUAUUACUGUUACAACAGAACUUGAGGUGUUGAGAGUUAAUAGAAACAAUGGAUGUAUGGCUGUAAAGUUUGGUAAAGGCAAGAAUUUCAGAGUGAUUGAAGAUGUUCAGAGACCAACAAGUUUAGAGAAAGAAAUAUUGGAUUUUGAUGGUAGAAUUCCAAAAAGUUCACGACCACAUGGAAAUGCGUUCAAGAAUUUGUCUAUUGUUAAAUCAGAAAGUUAUAAACCAUCACUGUUUGAAGUUCGUAAAGAAUAUUGGACUAAAAAUAAUACCAUCUCAUAA